CGUUUUUGCUUUGCCGCUGAUAGACAAGAAUAUUCAAGGACAUUGAUACUCGUUAUUACCAUUAGAUACCACAGCUAUUAAUCUUCACCAACCCGAUAAUUUAACGCUGCCUUUUGCAUCCCCCCUGGCGCUUGAACACAGCUGACACCGCAGCAUCGUCAAUACCAUCACGGACACCGUUUCCUCGCAACCGAUCUCCUUACCUCUGGUGCCAUAUCCUUGCAACUGGAGAAUUCUCUUGCGUAGACUUCACAACCAAUACGCUUCUUUGCGAUGUUUUUUCAGAGGCGCGUGGCGCUCGUAGUUCGCCUAACGCGAAUGAGAUUCAAUUCAUAUACGCCGAGUACGAGCAGCACGAGUUCCGCAAAUAACUCGUUUGACUUUUCGUCCACCAACUUCUACGACCUUACGUACACCACCAAAAACAAUUUGAUGUAUAACUUGUCGCAGUACCAGAACCUGUACCACCCGCGUUUUGUCAACGAUUACCUCCACACCAAAAUCGAUCUCGUGCUAAACACGUUAGAGUACCAGGAGCGCCCCAUCCGUAUCGGCAUCUUGUACGAGGAGCAUAUUAACAAGGAGCCCAGCAGCGCUGAGAGCGCGCCAAAAUCCAAGUUUCUCGAGUCGAUCGUGGCGGACCCCAUGAUGAGCGACCAGAUGUGGUACCACUCGCUCAAAAACCGCGACUUUGCGAAAAACAACCUCAUCAAGUACGGGCCACAGUUCAACUUGGUCAACCUGAAUCUCUACCAGGAUGAUUACUAUGUGCCUUUGAAGUACCUCAACCUGCAGACGAAGCGCAACUUCGUGGAGAACGAGUGCGUGGGCCUCCACGACAUUGAAAUCUUGGAGAUCAACGACUUGGACAAGGAUUCCGCCGCCGUCACUGAGUGUCACUUCUACUUCUUGGUGACCGAGACCAACGACUGCUCGUGCAUCACGGAUGACCCGGAGUUGCAUGAGAUUUUCUGGCCGUUGUACAAGGUGAACGAUAAGGCCUCCGAUGCGUUACCGUCGUCAAACGAGCUCACGCUCAUCGACACACAGUCGUCCGAGUUGCACGUCAACUCGGCGUUAUGCUUCGCCUCCAACGAGCAGUUGAUUGGCUACACGGGGGGCCAAGAUGACGUGGGCAAUGCGGAAGCAUACAACGAGAUCAUCCGCAACAUCGAAAAGUCCAACAUCUUUGCGACGCUCAAGUUCAUCAACUACCAGACGUCGGCGCACGUGGCGGCGAUCAAGAUCAUCCGCCUGAUCAUCUCGCUCUCACAGUACGCGGUGGACAUCUCGAUCAACGAGUUGCAGCGCCAAGCAAACAAGAAGUACCUCAACUCGCAGAUCGACAAGAACACCAACGACUAUAUGGUCGAGUGCCACAAGGCGUUCUUCCACUUCAAGUCGCUGUUCCUCAAGGAAAUGCGCAAGGACAUUACGUUUGCCAACAUCCUUUCGCGCAAGGACGGUGUUGCCGCGCGCAUGGAGCGCUAUGUCAACGCCACGUUCCCCAACCAGCUCUUUGCCGACUACUCCGAGAUCCAGACCACCUUGGGCCACUUGGUCAACCUGAGAGUCAAGCCCCGCUUGGUCAACCCGAUCCUUGCCUAUAAGGACGAGGUGCUCGUGCCACAGCGCUUGCCGGUAUUGCAGCAGAAGCUCCGCCGGGCACUCUUUCGUAACCUGCUCCAGAUGGCACUCCCGUCGGCCGCCAUUCCGUACGUUGGGUUCUACGUGUUCGACCUCGAUCCACUGCCAAUGGUGGCGCUCUCAUGUUUCGGGCUUAUUAUGACCAUCCGUGCCAUCUACCAGCAGAUCGACGAGAUCGCGGAUGUGUGGUCGCAGGAUGUGCUUGACACUAUCAAGGGCCUGUUCUGGAAGAUCAAAGACCAGCUCUCUAAGAACUAUGAGAUCAAGUACAAGGACUAUGAGGGCUUGAACACGGUUAAAUUGAAUAUAUUAAAGCGCUUGGACACGGGAAUAAAGACGUUGGAGAAAGAGGACGCAAAGAGGUUGGCAGGCGGAACGGCAAUUGGUAGCAACAUCAACUCCGUCCGAAGCAUGCAAUCCCGGAGGUAUGAUAACGAUUUGUUUUAAUCGGCAACGAUGGACUGCCUUAUCAGGCCCGAUGGCGAUUGCUCAUGAGGAUCAUGGCCAAGUAUUUGCCCAAUACAUCUCCCACUGCCAGUAUUAGUUUUGCACCCUGCAUAAUUGAUUCAUGCACUUUUUUUAGCCAAUGAUUGCUCUAAAACCGACUCUCCGUCUGGUUUUGUAUCGUAUAGAUUUUAAUUAUAGAAAUAUGCUUCAAGUAGGAGCACAGAUUCCGCCUGAUGCAGAGCUCAAUGUCAACGGAGAGUGUCACAGCCUUAUUGUCACCCUCA